GGAUGAAUGUUGAUUUCAAAGAUGGCGGCGGAGGGAGGAGGGAAGGAGAUGAACGAGAUCAAAACUCAGUUCACCACUCGGGAAGGCGUCUACAAACUCCUCACGCACUCCGAAUACAGCCGCCCCAACCGGGUGCCUUUCAACUCGCAGGGAUCCAACCCCGUCAAGGUCUCCUUCGUCAACGUCAACGACCAGUCCGGCAACGGCGACCGGAUCUGCUUCAAUGUGGGCCGCGAACUCUACUUCUACAUCUACAAAGGCGUCAGGAAGGCUGCAGACCUGAGUAAGCCCAUAGACAAGCGCAUCUACAAAGGAACGCAGCCCACGUGUCAUGACUUCAACCACCUGACGGCCACCGCCGAGAGCGUGUCUCUACUCGUGGGCUUCUCUGCAGGACAGGUCCAGCUCAUUGACCCCAUCAAGAAGGAGACCAGCAAGCUCUUCAACGAGGAGAGGCUCAUAGACAAGUCCAGGGUGACGUGUGUGAAAUGGGUGCCAGGCUCUGAGAGCCUGUUCCUGGUGUCUCAUGCCAGUGGAAACAUGUACCUGUACAACGUGGAACACACGUGUGGCACCACGGCCCCUCACUACCAGCUCCUCAAGCAGGGGGACAACUACUCUGUGCACACGUGUAAGAGCAAGUCCACCCGCAACCCCCUCCUCAAGUGGACUGUAGGGGAGGGGGCGCUCAAUGAGUUCUCCUUCUCUCCCGAUGGGAAGUUCCUGGCCUGUGUGAGCCAAGACGGCUUCCUCCGGGUCUUUAACUUUGAUGCGGUGGAGCUGCACGGCACCAUGAAAAGCUACUUCGGGGGUCUGCUGUGUGUGUGCUGGAGCCCUGAUGGGAAGUAUAUUGUGGCGGGCGGAGAGGACGACCUGGUGACUGUGUGGUCGUUUAUGGACUGCAGGGUGAUCGCCCGCGGGCACGGACACAAGUCCUGGGUGAGUGUGGUGGCCUUUGACCACUACACCACCAGUGUGGAGGAGAACGAGCCCAUGGAGUUCAGCGGCAGUGAUGAAGACUUCCAGGAUCAGAUGAUCCACCUGGGGCGUGAGCGGGCCAACAGCACGCAGUCUCGCCUCUCCAAACGUAACUCCACAGACAGCCGGCCCGUCAGCGUCACAUACCGCUUCGGCUCGGUGGGACAGGACACUCAGCUGUGCCUCUGGGACCUGACCGAGGACAUCCUUUUCCCCCACCUGCCCCUGUCACGGACACGGACUCAUACUAAUGUGAUGAACGCCAGCAGCCCUCCAGGGGGCGCUCCCGUCAUCACCACGACAACCACCACCAACGGAAACAACAGCGGCGCGAACACGCCCGCCCUGAACUCUGUGUCCAGCUCACUCCCGCGCUCCAACAGCCUGCCGCACUCCGCCGCCAACACCGCUACGGCUAACAGCACCAACAAGCCCAGCACGGGCACGGGCAUCAUGGACAGUGCCAUAGCUACUGGGGUCAGUAAGUUCGCCACGCUGUCUCUGCACGACCGCAAGGAGCGCCACGAUAAGGACCACAAACGCAACCACAGCAUGGGGCACAUCAGCAGCAAGAGCAGCGACAAGCUCAACCUGCUGACCAAGAGCAAAACAGACCCGGCCAAGACUCUGGGCACACUGCUGUGCCCGCGCAUGGAGGACGUGCCUCUGCUCGAGCCCCUCAUCUGUAAAAAGAUAGCACACGAGAGACUCACCGUACUCAUAUUUUUAGAGGACUGUUUAGUGACUGCAUGUCAGGAAGGAUUUAUUUGCACAUGGGCCAGGCCAGGCAAAGUGGGUUUAUUGUCAUCUCAAAACCAGGCCAGCUCCCCCAGCGGAACAGUAGUAUAGCCACAACCAAUAAUUGUGCUGCUAGCGACAAGCCUGCGACGUCCGAUGCUGCUCGCUCGCCACCGUCCGCAGUGCAAGUUUUUUCCGUUCACCCCUUCUUCUUCUUCUUCUUCUCCACUUCCUCCUCCUCCUCCUCGUCCUCUUCUCCCUCUCCCUUUUUCUUUUGUUUCUUUGUCCUCUUUUGUUGUUGUUUCUCACCCGAUCCCGAUCUAGAGGAAGCGACGCGACUGUGAGCGGGCGUCCUCUGGAGUUUUAACACUUUUUUAACAGUUUUAAAACUAAAGACCUACCCGACUGUUUUUUUUUUUUUUUUUUUUUUUUUUUUUUAUUAUGGCUUAUCAGACACAAACUGUGACUUGAGAUUAUUAUUAUGAAAGAGAGUUCUCGAAAUGUUAAGUGCGGUCAAUGGUUAAGUUGUAGGUACCACAUUGGCGAUUGUCGAUUGAUUCUGCGUCUGCACUGUCGACGUAAAGUACAGACCUCCCCCUUCAGAAAAUGGUGGGUUCUUGUAAUUUAUUAUGUAAGAAGCAAUCAAGCAAAAAAAUAACUGAAUCAAGGUGACGUUCUGGAUUCAAAUCAUGCAAAAUCUUUCAUUUCUAUCGCUUUGAAAAUGUAAGAACGUCACCAGUCAAAAGUUUGGACACACCUCCUCAGUCAUUCAGUGUUUGUUUUUUAUGUUUACAUCGUAUAUCCAAACAAAAGACGUCACAUAUAUGAAGCGAAAUGUACGGAAUCGUGUAGCAAAGAAAAAAAAAGUGAAAUAACUAAACAUUUUCUGUAGUUUUUAGAUUGAAAUGCUCUAUGGCUACGUUCAGACUGCAGGGCUUAAGGCUCCGUUCGGAUUUUUUUUGCGAGGUCGUUCACAUUUCCAGUUAAAUACGACUUGUACGUGAUCUCCAGUGUGAGCUUUAAACACCCCAAAAGUGUCCCGCAUGUGCUUUGGAGGACACAGCGACGUCACACUCGGCAAGCGUGCUCAGAGUUUAUGGAAGUUGCCAAAACGCUGGGCUUGUCUCCCAAAAUACGGUCCAGUUCUUUGGUAAAAUGGAUAGGUUACACGUCCACCGCCGCUUCGUUUGUUAGAGUCUUUAGCGUCCUUGUGUUUGGCUCGCAGGUUCUUUAUUUUUCGUUGACGUUGGAGCCAGGACUGACUGUAGCCGUGCUCGGAACAUUUCUUUGGCAAUCAUUUCAAAAAACGCCCGGUGAUGAUCUGAUAAGACUCCUCCAAUUUGUCCUGAAAACAGCGAUCCCCCCCAAAUAUGAAUGAACUCUCUAACCUCGCUUUCCCGUUGUUGAUGAGACUCUGAGCCUGACGUGUAGGUGGGAUGAAUGUGACCUGACCGUUCAGACUGAAGUCGCACGUCAAAAGAUCGGAUUUGUAUCGGUUUUAGGAGCGCAUAUCCAAGUGGCCUGGGUCACAUUUGGAAAAAAUCGGAUCCGUGUCGUUCAAACUGUGAUUAAAAGAUCAGAUACAGGAGCACAGGGGCAAAAAAAAAUCAGAUUUGGAUCACUUCAAGCUGCAGUCUGAACGUAGACUAAGUGUCCACCCUUUGCUUUGUUGACAUCACUGCAGACCCACGGCUUUCUCCAAAUGAGCUUCAUGAAGUCUCAAGUGCCUCGGGGUUUUAGUGGAAGACCUAGAGUGUGUAAAGCAGUGAUCAAAGUAAAGGAUUAGAGGCCAUUUUGAAGAAGUUAAAAUAUAACAGUUGAGUUAUUUCACACUUUUAGUUUAAUAGAUUCAUAUGUUAUAGUUGUGAUGCCUUCAGUGAGAAUGUAAUAGUGUUGUCAAGAUACUUAAAUUUCAUACUAUUCUAAUACAAAAGAAAAGGCUUGAUACUUGAUCAUUUUGAUGAGACUGAAAAAAGUAAUUCUCAGUGCAAAUAGAGUGCUUUAUUUUUCAUUUACCAUGUGUUUCUAAACUGGUGUUGAUAAAGUUCAAGAUUAUGUUGAUGAGACUUUCAGAAUCAUUUCUUACGUUAAACCGAGUAUCUAUUGUUGAUACUGAUUUUAGUAUUGACUAGUAUCUGAUUUUCAAUACUUUUGGCAACUCUACAGUCUACAAUGUCAAUAAUUGUAAGACAUAAAUGAAAAAGUGUGUCCAAACUUUUGCCUGGUGCUGUAUAUUUCCUGUGGUCCUCCCCGUGGUCAGUGUGGUACCUACAGCGCCCCCGGUGGCUCUGCUGAGGGCCUGCGCCUGGCUGUCUCCCUCUCCUCCUUUGCACUGACUUCCUCGUGUUUUCUAACUACUCUAAUGGAACAAAGAGGGUGAGGACUGCCGCGUUGCACCCGGCUCCAUCCUCCCUUCUGGAAUUCUGAACCUUGGAAAGCUGGAUGCUGCAAUGCUAGUCUUUUGAAAAGAUGUUUGCACUUAAAUGAGUUUAUUAGAGAAAAGGCUUUACGUGUUUGGGUGUGUCACGACUCACAGACUGCUAAUAACAGUAGGCAAAGAUUAAAACCUUUAUCUAUUGAGCAUUUAUUUUAAUAUGAUUUCAGAUUCAAAUCUGCUCUGUAUCAUAAUGUGUAUAAUGUAAUUAAUUGAUUUGAUGGGGGCCUAAGCAAACUACCAUUACUCCAGUGGAAGUUUUGUCAUUGAUAGUUAUAUUUCUAAAGCCUAAAGUAUACAUAUUAAUAAUAUUAAAAUAAUCUUGAAUACA